AGUGAGUACACCAUGUAAAUGCUCUCAUGUACUUCUCUCUUAUUGCUCACACGUGAUACAAGGAUGCUCAUAUUAUGAGACUCGCAAUAAAUUAUAUAAUAUACAUGAUAAAAAAACUCAGAAAACAGUUAUUUCGUAACGUUUUUUCAACCUGCGCUGUAACGCAUAACCGUCACGUCUUUCAUGUCUCUUUCAGGUUAAACUGCCGCUAUGAACACAAACCUGCUGCCCUUGAAGAAGGGCUUUAACAAAGUGGAUUACGGUCGGUGGGAGCGGCGCGUGACGGGACACCAUGCGGGGCGUGAGGCGGAGCACGUGCCCUGGGCCUCUCGUACCCCCGCGCAUCACGGACAGCAAGACAAAGGCAGGAGAGUGGUGCCCCCCGCCUCAACCCCCCACGAGAAAUCAGACUGGAGGUCUGUGCCCAACAGGUCGAGGGAGGAGGUGAAUGAGGGCCUGGAUGACGUUGGUCUUAAUAAGAACAAGAAUGUCAAAAUGCUGAAGCUGCUGGUUAAAUCCAGGAAGGAGGCUAUCAGCGAGCUGGAGAACCUCUGUGCUUCGCUGCUGCAGAUGAACAUGCGGAUGGUGAGGGAAAUCGUGGACACGGACAUGAAGUCCUUCUCCUGCGCUCGGGACAUCCUUACUGAACACCGCACACUUGGGAAAUAUAUUGCAUCUUUGAAUAAUUGGAGCAUCCGUCAGAUGCUACAGGCCAAGGAUGGGUUAAACGACGCAGAAACUGCUGCCGCGAAGCGCUGUUCUGCGCUCGGGGAGCGGCUGACUAAGGUGGAGGCGAAGCUGGCAAAGGCCCGGGCUGAGUGGCAUGCGUUGAAAACCUAUAAGGAAAAGGAGUUUCCCGCCCUGGGCCUGAAGACAACUGCCAUCGAGAAGGAGAUCAGCAAGCUCAGGGAGACUCAGCAGCGCGAGUUGGAAGAUGUGAGUCGCGUCUGUCAGACAGCGAUGGCGGACUUGGAGAAAAGAUACAAAGCGCAGGAAGAGGAGAUACUGUCUGCGGUCGCUGAAGAGACGUUGUUGCGGGUCCCUCCUGUCCUCCACCUGAUGAUUUCCCACAACUUCACCAUGAGGGAAGAAAUUGCUCUUCAUAGAAAAGUGAUUGAGGAGCUCGAGGAAACGUGUGAAGAGCUGGCGAGGAGCGUGAAGGAGCUGCGGCUCUCCCGAGUCACUGCCCGCCGGGCCUUCCGCCACCCGGGGGGGAUCCGUUCAGGGAAGGAGGGAGCAGGGCUAGCAGCACCCCCCCAGCUCCAUGCCUGA